CUAGAGUUCAGACAGUGUGCUCUUCUGAUACUACCUCAUGAAGAUUCUGACAGAAAGAGGCUACAGCUUCACCACAACAGCUGAAAGGGAAGUUGUACGUGACAUAAAGAAAAAGCUGUGCUACGUUGCACUGGAUUUCGAACAGGAGAUGGCCACUGCUGCUUCAUCUUCCUCCCUGGAGAAAAGCUACGAACUGCCUGAUGGUCAGGUGAUCACCACUGGCAAUGAGAGGUUCAGGUGUCCAGAGGCCCUCUUCCAACCAUUUUUCCUGGGUAUGGAAUCCUGUGGCAUUCCUGAGAUCACUUUCAACUCUAUCAUGAAGUGCAAUGUAGAUAUUCGAAAGGACCUGUAUGCCAACACAAUAUUGUCUGGGGGUACCACAAUGUACCCUGGAAUUGCUGACAGAAUGCAAAAGGAAAUCACAGCUCUGGCACCCAGUACAAUGAAAAUUAAGAUUAUUGCUCCACCUGAACGUAAAUACUCUGUCUGGAUUGGUGGUUCCAUCCUGGCUUCCCUCUCUACCUUCCAGCAGAUGUGGAUCAGCAAGCAGGAAUAUUUUGAGUCUGGCCCAUCCAUGGUCCACCGUAAAUGCUUCUAAAUGGACUGCUAGCAGAUGCACAGCAUUUGCUGCAUGAAUUUUCACUAGUAUGUGUUUGCCUGGGCAAAUUUAUACACUUCAUGCUAGCCUCACAAAACUGGAAU